AUGGCCCCCGUACCGAAAGAAUGCGAUUACCUUGUCAUUGGCGGCGGCAGUGGUGGCCUGGCUUCUGCGAGAAGAGCCAGUGGGUACUACGGAGCGAAGACAAUUGCAGUUGAGAGCAACCGUCUGGGAGGAACCUGCGUCAAUGUUGGAUGCGUUCCCAAAAAGGUCACAUUCAACGCAGCUUCAAUUGCUCAGUCGAUACACGAAGCAAAAGCAUACGGAUUCUCAGUCCAACAGACGGCGCUUUUCGACUGGCCAUACUUCAAGAAGAAGCGGGAUGCAUAUGUCAAACGCCUGAACGGAAUCUAUGAGAAGAACUUGGUCAACGACAAGGUGGAAUAUAUUCACGGCAGGGCACACUUGACUGGAAAGCACGAAGCGGAGGUCGUUCUGGAUGACGGAACAAAGCAAACUAUCAAGGCGAAGAAAAUACUGUUAGCAGUUGGAGGGCACCCCACGAUCCCACAAGAUAUUCCUGGAGCAGAAUAUGGCACAAACAGUGAUGGAUUCUUCGACAUUGAAAAGCAGCCGAAGAAGGUGGCACUAGUUGGAGCUGGUUAUAUUGCCGUUGAAUUCGCGGGAAUGUUCAAUGCUUUAGGAACGGAGACGCAUCUAUUCAUUCGACAUGACAAAUUUUUGAGAAGUUUUGAUCCUAUGGUUCAAGAAGCAAUCACUAAUGAAUACGAACGCCUCGGCGUGCACCUGCACAAGAACUCGAGUCAAAGCAAAGUUGAGAAGGAUGAGAAGACCGGCAAGCUUACAAUCCACUAUAAGGAUGCCAACGGAGAGGGAAAGCUAGAGGGAGUAGACAACUUAAUCUGGGCUAUUGGACGUUCUCCAGAAGUCGAGGACCUCGGAUUGGAAAAGGCUGGUGUCAAGCAAAACGAGAAGGGCCAGAUCAUUGCGGACGAAUAUCAGAACACCAACAUUGAGAAUAUCUACUCCCUCGGCGACGUUGUUGGGAAGGUCGAGCUGACGCCUGUUGCCAUUGCAGCUGGCCGAAAGCUCAGUGAUCGUCUGUUUGGGCCAGCGAAGUUUAAGGCUUCAAAGCUAGACUAUAACCUCAUCCCUUCAGUCGUCUUCGCGCAUCCAGAAGUCGGCAGCAUCGGCUUGACUGAACCAGAAGCAAUCGAAAAGUACGGCAAGGAGAACAUCAAAGUGUACAACACCAGCUUUACAGCCAUGUACUAUGCAAUGAUGGAGCCAGACGAGAAAGGACCCACGAAAUAUAAGCUCAUUUGCCAAGGACCAAACGAGAAGGUCGUUGGCCUGCAUAUAUUGGGUCUAGGAAGUGGAGAGAUGCUCCAAGGAUUCGGCGUUGCCAUCAAGAUGGGUGCUACGAAAGCAGACUUCGAUAGUUGUGUGGCUAUCCACCCCACCAGUGCAGAGGAGUUGGUCACAUUGAAGUAA